AUGUUUCGCUCUGGCCGGGCAGCCAGACAGACAUGGGUCCCUGCUCGGCCAUUCGCUCGACCCCAGUUCCAGUUGCAGGGCUCGAUCGUGCACACGACAAGGGCAUGGGAGAGUACUUCGACGGGCGACGAGAAGUCUGGGCACAUUUCAACCUCCCAGAGCGAGUCGAUUCUCUUCUUGGACAACCUCUUCCCCCUGAAACUCACUCACCUCCUUCGAUCACGAGCCUGGCAGUCAGACAAAGAUUUUGGAGACCUUCUGCAGCGCUUCGAGAGCUCGAGCUUUGGAGUCGGUGAUCCAAUCGGCUUGGUGAAGCGAGCUAUACCCGACGACCUACCCAUCAAGAUCACAGAGAUCCUGCCCCGGUUUAAAGACGGUGGAGUUUACGUCAAGUUCAGUCAUGGAUCAGAUGUGCAGCCAAAAGAUGUCGAGAACUCCCUCGCACGAACGCUAGAAAAGAACCCCAUCCGCCCUUGGUUCAAUCCCUUCCGCGGAGUUCGAGCUGGACUUGUAAGAGGUGUUCCCUGGCUUGAAGACCUCUUGCGGUUCCCAAAGAGCCGCAUCAAGAUCGAGUUCACUGGAAAAGAUGCUGGCGGAGAAGCUGUCGAGCUUUCGCAAGAGGACAUUUACAGCAUAUUCCGCAAAUAUGGCAAGAUUGCAGAGAUCACGUCCCAGCCUUCCGACUCCAAGGUCCUGCCCAAGUAUGCGUACAUCGACUUUUCACUCGUCCGCGACGCCAUCAUGGCCAGAAACUGUCUGCACGGCUACGUCGUCGGUGAAGCUCUCGGCGGAGGCAAAAACGGUACAAAACUUCGUCUGUCAUAUGAGCAAAAGGUCAAGCCACACAACAUCUGGAACUGGCUCUCCAACCACCCCAGAAUCGUCAUUCCUGUUGUAGCUGCUCUCUUGGCCGCCAUCACCGUCGCCGUCUUCGACCCCAUCCGCGAGUUCUUCGUCAAGGCCCACAUCCAACACUCUUUCCGGUUAUCAGACAACAAAUUCUACAAAUGGGUCAAGAGCCAGACCUCCGACAUCAUCUCUUCCUUCGCACGCAAGAAGACCGACAAGGCUAGCUUCAACGCCGUUUGGCAGCAUCGACGAGACCUGAUUGAACAGAUCCAAACCUGGUUGCUGGAAAGUUCUGACACCUUCGUUGUCGUCCAGGGUCCUCGAGGAUCGGGCAAGAAGGAGCUUGUUAUGGAUCAAGCCCUCAAGGAUCGUAAGAAUGUUCUUGUUAUUGACUGCAAACCCAUCACCGAAGCCAGAGGCGAGAGCGGCACCAUCAAGCGCCUCGCCAACGCGGUGGGAUACAAGCCUGUCUUCGCGUUCCUCAAUAGCAUGAGCAGCAUGAUCGAUCUCGCGGUUCAAAGCACUACUGGAGUCAAGGCCGGAUUCUCUGAGACUCUCGAGUCGCAGGUAGUCAAGAUCUUGCAUACGACCGCGGAAGCUCUCAAGGAAGUCUCAUUGGCUGGGCGCCACAAGGAUGGCAAAGAUGCCGAUCUGUCCGAGGACGCUUGGCUGGAAGCACACCCCGAUAAGCGCGCUGUGGUUGUCAUCGACAACUUCCUGCACAAGAACGAAUCCAGCAUUGUAUACGACAAGGUCGCUGAAUGGGCUGCCAUGAUGGUUCAGAACAACGUCGCCCAUGUCAUCUUCUUGACGGACGAUACGGCAUACUCCAAGUCUCUGUCCAAAGCUAUGCCAGACCGAGUUUUCCGCCACGCUGCUUUGGGUGAUCUCUCUCCUGACGUCGCCAAGAAGUUCGUCAUCAGCCGCCUGGAAGAGGACGAGCUCGAGAAGGUGCGGGAGCACUCGACCGAGGCACAGCAAGAAAAAGAAGGCAAAGUCCCAGUACAGGCAGAGGUGAAACCUGAUCUUUCCGAGCUCGAUGCUGCCAUCGGUAUCCUGGGCGGUCGACUCACCGACCUUGAGAACCUGGCUCGACGUCUGAAGGGCCGACAAAGCCCCCAAAAGGCCGUAGAGGACAUCAUCAACCAGAGCGCAACCGAAAUCGUCAAGAUGUACCUCUUGGGCGGCAAGGACUCUGUCGAGGGCAAGAAGUGGUCUACCGAGCAGGCGUGGUAUCUUAUCAAGGCUCUCGCCUCGCAUGAUGCUCUUCGCUACAACGAGGUCCUUCUCUCGGACACGUUCGGUUCGUCGACCACGCCUGGUGCUGCAAAUGGAGAGUCCGCACUGGAGGGCCUUACCAACGCCGACCUAAUCACCGUUGAGACCUACAACGGCCGCCCGCAGACCAUCCGUCCUGGCAAGCCCAUGUACCAGGCUGCCUUCAGCAUGCUUCUCGAGGACCGCGUCCUCAGGGCCAAGAUGGACCUUGCUCUCUUGAAGGAGCUAGCCAAGGUUGAGGCCAAGACCAUUGAGAAGGCCGAGGGUGAGUUGGCCCUGUUGGGUAGCCUGCCGAAGCAGCCUUCUCAGACGGGCUCACGCGUAUCCUACCUCCUCGACAAGAUUGAGGGCAGCCAGGCCAAGAUUACGCAGUUCGAAAAGGAGAUUGCAGGCUUGAAGAAGGUGCUCAAGCACAACUACUAA